GCUGCAAAAAUAUUUGAAAGAACUUAAACACCUGUGAUGGGAUGAUCCAAAGACAAAGUGCAAAGCAAGUCAAUUCAUUUGAAGAUGAAGCCGUUCACAGGAGUUUGGAUUUUGCUCAUUCUCUACUUCACCAUCCAGACAAAUGGACAAGAUCCUUGUGCCAUUUCUACAUCUCAACCCAACACCAAUCUUCAAUGUAUAAAAUUCUCAAGCAACAAAUUUUGUUUUGUGAGCUGUAAGAGUGGCUUCAAGUUUUCCAGACCGGCCACCGAUUCGUACGUCUGUAACUAUUCAACAGGCACAUGGUAUGAAGGUACUGGGAGUAACCAAGCAACGUGGCCAGACUGUGUUCCAGAAUAAAGAAGGCUAAUUGCGAGCAACUUUGACUUGUGGCCGUGAAGGACAAAUAAUGACUGAUACGAAAAAGCACACUGAAUAAAUAAAAUGUAUUUGCUUUA